AUGUCGUCCGCUCCGACUACGCAGCAGAAUCUAGCGGCUCUGCCCGCGCCAGCGAUGAGCGACACGGGCAUAACAAGUCACAUUGCGUCGCGCUACCACAGCCAUCUACCGAUUUCGACUCUGUCUACUCAAGGAUACAUCGCCGUCAACACCUACACUAACUCUGCCAAAGGACCCAAUGGCGGCAAGGAUGGCAGCGCCAUGGGCGCUGCUGAAGAGCUCGCGAGCAGAAUGUGGGCGCGCCUUGGACAUCGACAGGAGAAUCAGGCUGCUAUAUUUCUAGGCGAAUCUGGCACAGGAAAGACUACCAUUCGAUCACAUCUACUAUCAUCUCUGCUACAAUACUCCUCGACACCACUCUCCAAGAAGCUCUCCUUCGCGGCUUUUGUAUUUGACAGCCUUACAACCACAAAAUCCGUCACCGCACCAACAGCCUCCAAGGCCGGCUUGUUCUUCGAACUGCAAUAUGACACCGGCUCGUCCCUUCACCCGACCCUCAUCGGAGGCAAGGUGCUCGAUCACAGACUCGAACGCAGCCGUGUCGCCACCGUCCCUCCCGGAGAACGCAACUUUCACGUUCUGUACUACCUCCUAGCUGGAACGUCGGACGAUGAGAAAGAGCAUCUGGGUCUCAAUACGGGAAUCACAGCUGGAACUGGGAACCGGUCGUCAUUGGGAACACAAAAGAGAUGGCGAUACCUGGGGCAUCCGUCGCAGCUGAAAGUUGGCAUUAACGAUGCGGAAGGCUUCCAGCACUUCAAGACAGCCUUGCGCAACUUGGAAUUCCCCAGAGAGGAGAUUGCUCACAUGUGCGAGAUUCUUGCGGCCAUUUUGCACAUCGGUCAAUUGGAGUUCAUGACAUCUCAGUCGACGACACCGGCUCCUGAUGAGAGUGGCGGAUACGGUCAUGAAGGUGGCGAGGAGAUUACGGUCGUGAAGAACAAGGACGUGCUUUCCAUGAUUGCAGCGUUCCUUGGUGUGGGCGACAGGACCUUGGAGCAGUCUUUGGGCUAUCGGACUAAGAUGCUCCGCCGAGAGCGUGUGACGAUCAUGCUGGAUCCCAAGGGUGCUCGUGAAAACGCCGAUGAGCUUGCACGUACUCUCUACAGCCUGCUGGUCGCUCUUGUUAUGGAGAAGAUCAACCAAAAAACUUGUGCGGUCGAGGAAGCUGUCGCGAACACCAUUUCCGUUGUGGAUUUCCCCGGAUUUGCGGAUACCUCUUCUACUGGCAGCGUUCUUGACCAACUCCUCAACAACGCCGCCACCGAAUGCCUGUACAACUUCUGUUUGCAGAGCUUCUUCGAACGCAAGGCGGAAUUGCUCGAGACAGAAGAAGUACAGGUGCCACUCACCAGUUACUUCGACAACAGCGACGCUGUCAAAGGCCUUCUCAAGCCCGGCAAUGGUCUUUUGAGCAUUCUGGACGACCAGAUGAGGCGCGGGAAGACUGAUCUGCAGCUUGCUGACUCUCUGAGGAAGCGAUUUGAGGGGAAGAACCCGGCCAUCGAGGUUACAAGCGGCACCGUCCAAUUGCCAGGAGCCAACUUCGCCACACAAAACACUUCACAGAUCUUUACGGUUAAGCACUUUGCUGGCGAAGUCAAAUACCCCGUUGAUGGGCUACUGGAGGAAAACGGAGAGGUCAUAUCGGGCGACUUGAUGAACCUCGUGAAUUCAUCAAGCAGUCCUUUUGUUGCUGAGCUCUUCGGUCAAGAGGCCCUCAACAAGGUCGUUCACCCGGAUGACCGCAACGCCGUGCAGCAAGCUUCCGUUGCAUCGAAACCAUCUCGCAUGCCAAGCAUGGCUCGUCGCAGAGGUGGUAAGGCCGGUAGAUUCGGCUCCCGACGUGGCGGCGAUAUUGACGAGGAGAAGGACAGUGACGAAGGCCGCGCUCGAAGCGUAUCUCGUCACCGGCACAACCCGAAGUCAGCAGAUACACAGCAAGGUGCAUCUGCACAAUUCUUGUCGUCCCUCGACAACAUCAACAAGUCGCUGACCGCGCCUAACACCAACCCAUACUUCUUCUUCUGUCUCAAGCCCAACGACAGACGAAUCGCAAACCAAUUCGACAGCAAGUGUGUGCGUCAGCAAAUUCAGACCCUCGGCAUUGCAGAACUUUCGCAGCGCUUGAAGAAUGCAGAUUUCAGCAUUUUCAUGCCGUUUGGUGAGUUCUUGGGCUCUGCUGAGGGCGAAGUGUCGGUUGUCGGGUCCGAGCGUGAAAAGGCUGAGAUGAUAUUGGAUGAAAAGAGCUGGCCGAAAAACGAGGCUCGUGUAGGAAGCACCGGCGUAUUUCUUAGCGAGCGCUGUUGGCGACAGAUCGUUCGUGCAGGUGAUCUUGGAGUCGUUCCGAUGCCUCCAUCGGACGAGAAUCCUUUCAACAACCCCGAAUCGCUUACUCCAAUGGACGGUAAGAGAGGGUUUGGCGAGUCCAAGGUCCAUCUCUUACAAACCCCUGGCUCUGCUAUCUACUCAGACGACAAAGCUGCAGGCUACUUUGGUAGCAGAGAUAUGGAUGCAAAGAGCGACGCCGGCGCAUCCGCCUUGCGAGAAGGCGACAUGUUCCGUAAUCUGGAAACCCGGGAGGAGCUGGCCGAAAAGGGCAAUGAAGUCACAACCACGCCCAUCGAGGAGCGCCCGAAGUCUGCCAGCCGCGUGAGGUGGCUUGUCCUUGUUUAUGUCCUCACAUGGUGGUGUCCGGACUGGGCCAUCCGGAUCAUCGGUCGCAUGCCCCGCCAGGACAUUCGCAUGGCAUGGAGAGAGAAGGUUGCCAUCAACUUCAUCAUCUGGCUGUCCUGCGCCUUCGUCGUCUUCUUCAUGGUCGGAUUUCCGCGUAUCAUCUGUCCGACGCAGCACGUGUUCAGCCCGUCCGAGUUGACCUCAUACGAUGGGAAGAACUCGGACGCGUAUGUUGCCAUCCGUGGAAACGUCUUCGACCUGGGCGCGUUUAUCCCUCAGCACUACCCAUCCAUCGUGCCAGCUUCUGCGCUCGAGAAGUACGCCGGUACCGAUGCCACCAACCUUUUCCCCGUUCAGGUCUCGGCAAUGUGUCAAGGGACCGAUCCCGACGGAACGAUUGACGCAGCUGUCCAGCUCAACUAUCAGAACCGCAACUAUACUGGACAGAACUUGAUCAGCACCACCGAUAACAACGCACAGUACCACGACUUCCGUUGGGCAACUAACGACUCUCGUCCAGCAUGGUUCACCGAACAGAUGAUUUUCCUGCGGGGACACUACUGGAAAGGAAGCGUUGGCUAUUCACCUCAAUACCUCAAGACCCUUGCGAAGAAGUCGAACCAAGUGGCGUACAUCAACAACCGCGUCUACGACUUCACCGAUUAUAUUGCUGGUGGACGAGCACCACAGUACCCGCCGGGCGAGGAACGACCUGACACGCUUCCGGACUCCAACUUCAUGGACAGCCGCGUGGUAGAUCUCUUCUCACAGCGUUCUGGCGAAGACGUUACCAAAUACUGGGACGCGUUGAAUAUUGACACCGGCCUCCGUGACCGGAUGCAGAUCUGCCUUGAUAACUUAUUCUACGUUGGCCAACUGGACACUCGAGACAGUCCAAAGUGUCAGUUCGCGAAGUACAUUCUGCUGGCCGUGUCUAUCAUGCUGGUCUCGGUGAUUUGCUUCAAGUUUCUGGCAGCACUGCAGUUCGGCAAGAAGAACAUUCCCGAAAACCUCGACAAGUUCAUUAUCUGCACUGUGCCAGCUUACACAGAAGAUGAGGACUCUCUCCGCCGUGCUCUCGAUUCUGCCGCUCGUACCAGGUAUGAUGAUAAGCGCAAACUUCUGUUCGUCAUCUGUGACGGAAUGAUUAUCGGGCAAGGAAACGACAGACCGACGCCGCGCAUCGUUCUUGACAUUCUUGGAGUUCCAGAGACCGUUGAUCCCGAGCCUUUGAGCUUCGAAUCGCUGGGCGAGGGGCAGAAGCAACACAACAUGGGCAAAGUGUAUUCCGGAUUGUACGAGGUGCAAGGUCAUAUUGUGCCCUUCAUCGUCGUCGUGAAGGUCGGCAAGCCCAGUGAAGUUUCGAGACCCGGCAACCGUGGCAAGCGUGAUUCCCAGAUGAUCCUCAUGCGCUUCCUCAAUCGCGUCCACUACAACUUGGCCAUGACUCCGCUCGAGCUCGAACUACACCACCAGAUUCGGAACGUGAUCGGCGUGAAUCCGACCUUCUACGAGUUCUUGCUGCAAAUCGAUGCCGAUACGGUCGUUGCGCCGGAUUCCUGUACCCGCUUUGUGUCCGCCAUGAUCAACGACACCAAGAUCAUUGCCGUGUGCGGUGAAACUGCCCUCACCAACGCUAAGGCUUCCUUCAUCACCAUGAUGCAAGUAUACGAGUACUACAUCUCGCACAACCUCACCAAGGCCUUCGAGUCGCUCUUCGGGUCCGUCACUUGUUUGCCAGGUUGCUUUACAAUGUACCGCAUCCGAGCUGCCGAGACCGGAAAGCCUCUUUUCGUGUCCCGCGAGAUUGUUAACGACUACUCCGAGACUCGUGUCGAUACGCUGCACAUGAAGAAUCUGCUCCACCUCGGAGAAGACAGAUUCCUCACCACUCUUCUGAUGAAAUAUCACUCCAAGUACAAGACGAAGUAUAUCAUGCGCGCUCAUGCCUGGACGAUUGCACCGGAUAGCUGGGCCGUGUUCAUGUCGCAACGUCGCCGAUGGAUCAACAGUACCGUCCACAACCUGAUCGAAGUCAUUCCGCUCCAGCAACUCUGCGGUUUCUGCUGUUUCAGCAUGAGAUUCGUGGUGUUCCUCGAUUUACUGUCCACGAUUGUGCAGCCUGUCAUUGUUGGAUAUAUCGUCUACCUGAUCGUUCAAGUGGCGACCAACCCAGCCUCGACCGCAACCACCGCCUUCAUUCUCAUCGCAGCCAUCUACGGUCUUCAAGCUAUCAUCUUCAUCGUACGCCGCAAAUGGGAAAUGGUAGGCUGGAUGAUCAUCUACAUCCUCGCUACACCCAUCUUCUCCUUUUGCUUGCCCCUGAUCGCGUUCUGGAACAUGGACGACUUCUCCUGGGGCAACACCCGCAUGGUGACCGGCGAAAAGGGCAAGCAGAUUCUCGUUAGCGACGAAGGCAAAUUCAACCCGGAUGACAUCCCUCGCAAGAAAUGGGAGGAGUACCAAGCUGAGCUGUGGGACGCUCAAACCCGCGAUGACGCUCAGUCUGAGAUGUCGGGUAUCAGCUACGGCACCAAGAGCUGGCACCCUGCCGCAUCUGAGUAUGGGUACGCCAUGAGCCAACAUAACAUGAGCACCCUCAGCGUACCGCAUAUGCCGCACAACGGCUCUCGGAUGUCGCUCCUGACGUCGGACAACGGCAUGGGCAUGCAGCAGCGGGACUACUCCGCCAGCGAUAUCGACAUGUCGGACAUGCCCAACGAUGAUGCCAUUUUGGCGGAGAUUCGCGAGAUUCUCGCUACUGCGGAUCUUAUGACCGUGACAAAGAAGAGUAUCAAGGCCGAGCUGGAACGACGCUUUGGCGUGCCAAUGGAUUCGAGGAGACAGUAUAUUGGUAGUGCGACUGAGGCGAUUCUCAGUGGUCAGCUUUGA